AAAGGUCAAUAAAUGCCAUGAUAAAUGCCUGUAAUAUUCCCAUCCUCAUAUACGUGACUAAGUUCUGAAGCAGGAAUAUUUGGAGGAGUAUCAACUGAACUGAGAUCUGCUGCUGUGAAGAUGGUGUUUGUUAAAGAGGAGAGUGAGGAGGACAUGAGUGAACCAGAACCAUGGAGAAGAAUAAAACACGAGGAACAAGGAGGCUUGAUAAAAGUGAAAGAGGAAAGACCAGAUCUGAAUGAAGUGGAGGAGAAACAUCAGCAUCAGAAAGCUCAUGAUGUCACCGCUGGAGAGAAACCAUUGAGUUGCUCCAAAACUGAAAAAAGCAGCAUUCAAAUCACAGAUGUCAAAAGGCUUUUCGUCUGUUCUGAGUGUGGAAACACUUUCACACGUAAAGAAAACCUCAAGAAUCACAUGAUAAUUCACACUGGAUUAAAGCCUUUCAGCUGCUCUCAGUGUGGAAAGAGUUUUAAAUAUAAAAACUGCCUUAAUGUUCAUUUGAUAACUCACAUGUCAAAAAAGCCUUUCUCCUGUUCUCAGUGUGGAAACACUUUCACAAGUAGAGAAAGCUGUAAAACUCACAUGAGACUUCAUACUGGAAAAAAGCCUUUCUCCUGCUCUCAGUGUGGCAAGAGUUUCACCUUUAAACAAGGACUUAAUAGUCACAUGAGAAAUCACUCUGAAGAGAUGUCGUACGCGUGUCAUCUGUGUGAGAAGAGAUUUAAGUGGAACACGAGUCUAAAAGCGCAUCUUCGCCAUUCUCACUCUGCAACAAGGCAACGGAGAGAUACAGUGAGAAACAGGAAAGCUGUGGAAAGUGGAUCGGAUGGAGCAGCUCAACACACUCGUGGCCAAUCAGCUGUAGAGGGCGUGUCCAUUCAUGAUGGGGGACGAGACGGAGAGUGAGAAAGAGGGAGAUUUGAAGAAAGACAGAUCCCGUCUAACGGAGAGCCUUGGCACUUCCUAUUAGCCCCGUUGUGUAUCAU